UCUUGUUAACUCAUGCAGGUUUUAGUAAACUGUCAUUUUUUUAAAAUAACUUUGUACAUUAACAGUUUCUGUGUGUGUUGUUGUGUUUUUUCAGUGAGAAACAUGGACCUUGCCGUUCCCCUUGACGACCAGUUCAACUGCUGCAUCUGUCUGGAGAUCUUAACCGACCCGACCUCCAUCCCAUGUGGCCAUACUUUCUGCCUGGACUGCAUCGAAGGCUUCUGGGACACAAAGGCCAAACCUGAGUGUCCGCUGUGCAAAGACACAUUCAGCCCACGUCCACAACUCAGGAUCAACAGAGGAUAUGCUGAAAUUAUUCGGAUUAUUAUCGAAAGAAGGACUCAAGAGGAGGAUGGCGAUGUUGGCCGCUCACCGGGCAGCAGGAAGAACUCCCUGAUCCAACUGGAGGCUGAUGAAGUUCCCAGCUACUUCUGCAGGAAACACAACCAGCCGCUGACCAAGUUCUGCAGGACGGACCAGAAGCCUGUGUGUGAGAAAUGUACCGAGAGGAACCACAAAAAACACGACACCGUCCUCAUCGAGAAUGAGGGCAAGAGGGUCAGGGCUUCUUUGAGGGCGACAAAGGCCAGCAUUCAGCAGAUGAUGCACACCCGGAAGAGAAAAUUGGAGGAGAUAAAAUAUUCAGUGGAUCUUAGCAAGAAAUGCACAGAGAAGGAGAAGCAAAGCAGCGCUCGGGUCUGCACCACGCUGAUAAAAGCCAUCGAGAGACACCAGGCGGAGGUGGUGGAGGAGCUAGAGGAGAGGCAGCGGGAGGCCGAGAGGAGGGCCGAGGAGCUGGAGCAGGAGCUGGAGCAGGAGCUGGAGCUGCUGCAGUGGAGGAGCAAUGAGCUGCAGAGCCUGGAGCACGCUCAGGACCCCAUUCACCUCCUGAGGGGUUUCGCUCCUCUGAGACGACUCCCAUCCACCAGAGACUGGUCGGAGGUCCCCGUCCACACCGAUAACUGCAUGGGGACGGUGACCAGAUCCGUCUCCAAGCUUGUGCAUGUCUGCCAGGAACUUGCGACCAAACUGUCUGCAGAAGAAGCAGACAAGAUAAAUCAGUAUGCGGUCGAUGUCACUCUGGAUCCUGAGACUGCUUCAGGCUGGCUGGUCCUGUCCCCAGACAGAAAGAAGGUGAGCGUCAGCAGCAAGAAGAGCAACGCCCCGCUGGCAGACAGUCCUCAGCGCUUUGACUCCUGCGUCUGCGUUUUGGGGAAACAGAGCUUCGCAUGUGGAAGACGCUACUGGGUCGUUGAGGUUGCGGAUAAGACAGACUUUGACCUCGGCGUGGCUCAGGAGUCCAUCAACAGGAAGGGCGCCAUCACGGUGCGUCCCGACAGCGGUUACUGGGCGAUCUGCCGGAGAAAGGGUGACAGCCUCAGCGCCUGCGCCGGGCCCUCCGUCCCCCUCCACCUGCAGGAAACCCCCAAGAAAAUCGGCAUCUUCCUGGACUACGAAGAAGGGCUGGUGUCCUUCUACGACGCUGACACAAAGAGUCACAUUUACACAUACACCGGGUGUGACUUCAGCCAGCCUCUGUACCCGUACUUUAACCCGUGUCUGCAAGAAAACGGGAGGAACACCUCCCCGCUGGUCAUCUGCCCGGUGGAGGGCCGAGUCAGAGACAUUACCAUCGACUCAGCAGUGGGACGUGUCAUUAGAAAGGAUGACGCUAUCUGAAAUUUACGGUGUUUAACCGCCACAGCACCACCUACAAGAUGGUGCUUUUGUUUUUGCCUGGGGCAACUUCUGAUUGUCCCCGAGACAGAUAAGACCCACAGAGAGGUUUCACCCUCCAGAAGACGUUCUGAUGUCGCUGUUUAAUCAGUGUAGUAAAGAACAGGUCGUGAGUCUGUGUCCGUCAGGAAAAGUAGGU